UUUGGGGGGAGGGCUUAUAUUCGGCGCAAAUUUAAAAAUCAAGCUACGACUUACUUUUGGGAUAGGUCCUACUUUCAGGGAAACAAGGUAUUUAGAAGACAUAGAUAAGGACAUCUGAAAUUGCGGGUACCGGGUUGCUGGGGUAACCAUCAGCUGUGCGUAGGAUAUGCAGCCUGUGUGUGGAAGCGUGAGGGAGGGUGGUGGAAAUGCCCUUCGGCACCCUGAUCGUGUCUUCUUUCUGCCUGGGGCAGGUGUCCUCCGUGGUAUCUGGCUUUCAGUCGGCCUUCGACCUGAUCAAUCCCUGGGCCUUGUUCCGGUUCUCUGCAGUAAAGCAGAAGAUGGGAGGACCUUCGAGAGACGGUCUCCAGAUCCUGGGCUUGGUGUACUUCCUGUACCUCUUCCUGUUCUCUGGCCUGGAGUACACGCUGGGUUUUCUUGUCCAUCAGCACUUCCACUUCAGCAGCCUGGAGCAAGGCAAGAUGUUUUUCUUCAUUGGGGUCACUAUGGCGGUGAUCCAGGGAGGCUACACUCGCCGGAUUACACCAGGAGCGGAACUGCGGAUGGUUAAAAUUGCAAUCAUGCUGUCAGCUCCUGGCUUCCUUUUAAUCGGCUGGAGCACUAACAUCAUUGUCCUCAGUACAGGACUGUUGUUUUACUCUUUUGCCGCAGCUGUAGUCGUCCCUUGCUUGUCUACGGUGGUAUCCAGCUACGGGCUGGAUAGCCAAAAAGGGGUUGUGAUGGGCAUCCUGAGAAGUUUGGGCGCCCUUGCGAGGGCUCUUGGGCCGGUGGCAUCGGCAACAGUGUACUGGCUGGCCGGAGCUGAAGUUUGUUUCACCGCUUGUGCCUCUUUGUUCCUGCUGCCCUUUGUCCUGCUUCGGUGCAUGCCGAAACAAAGCAAACAGGAGUAAACUACUUGGAUGGCAGUUUCCCUGGAAACUCAAGAAUUCAACUCCAAUUCAAGAAACCGAGUUGAUCCUUGGAUGACCAAACCGGGGCCAUCGGUGUAUUUUUCACAGCAGCCUUCCACCGUCUUUUGCCUGCAUUUGAGCCGAGGUCCUUCUGCCUUCUGAUCUGGCUCUUCCCAUGGGAGUGUGUGUAAGUGUGUGUGUGUGUAUGCCAGGGUGUGAGUAAUGACCCAUGAAAACGAGCCUUAGGACAAAGCUGCCCUCCUACAAAUAGGAGGGUGAAGAUGCUCAAUCCAUCAUGAACAAAGCCGCCGGCAACCAAAGUCCUCUUCCUUCCAGCUGGAAAGACCUGCGAAUUCCCUCAUUCAAAGCAGGACGUUCACACACACGCACACCUUUACGGGUUGGCCCGCAAGGUCUUUGUAAUGAGGCCGUGAGACCCAAACAAUGUCAUGUUUGGGGACUUAACCUUGGAUUUGGCAUCUCUUAAGUUUCAGGUGAAGGUUGUCGCUGCCUGCAUCUCAAUAGGCUCUCCCCAUUUGCCUUCACCUAGACUGGUGCUCUUUCUCCGUGCCCUUGGGCCUCUUCCCUCUUCCCUCCAGCGUCCUUGUGCCCCUUUUCGUGUCCUUGUGCCUCUUUCUUUGUGUCUUUGUGCCUCUUUCUUUUUGUC